AUGUGAAGUUGGUGCCGUCCUGAGCGACCGGACCGGUCCGUCCCGGGGCUCGGCGGAGCCGCUGGGGAGGAGGGGAGGUCCGUCUUGGGGGCGUCGUUCUUCGGCACAGCCGCCGUGGUGAUGUUAGUCUGGCGGCCGGAGCGACGUCCGUUUGUCCGAGCAGCCCGCUGAAUGGAGCCAGGGUGCAGCAGGAGGCGCUCUCUGCCAGGGUGAGUCCUGCGUAUUUCAGCUGCCUUCAUCUCAGACACGACCGCCCAAGAACUGUCCCACAGUACUGGGAAGAUUGUCUGACGUCUGACCAGCCAGGGCUCCGGAGUGAUGUCAUCACGGGGGAUGCGGUCUGGGGCGGAGCUACAGGAGCUGAUGGACUCAUUACAGCGCAAGAAGCUGGCCCUAGAAGCAAGCUUACGGACCAAUGGGGAGUACCUCACCCUGGCACUGUCUCCGCCCAUCAGUGCCAGUCAUCGCUCCCAGGACCUGAACUGGCGGCCAUUUGGAACUCUGAAGGCAUCUGGCCAUGUGACCAGCCUCUCCACCCCUCCCUCGCCCCGGGAUGGGGACAGGGAGCGCUCCCUGAGUCCCACCCCCACGAGCCUGAUCUCCGGCCUUCGUAACCUGUCCCAGGACAGCACGGGCCCACCGAGCACCUCGGAUGGGAGGCGCCUGCUCACCACCUGGAACGGCUCGGCGUCCGAAGGCCGAUCUCGCUACCUGAGGCCUGGGGGAUCCAGCGGGACAGCCAGCGUCCCCUCCAGCCCGCGGCUGGCCCGUAGGGGGGGCCUGGAUUCUGCCUUCCGGCAGAGGAAACACUCGGCGGGGUCCUUAUCGAGCCUGGGAUCUCACAGCCUCUCGCUGCCCCGCCUCUACCGGUCAGCAGACAGCCCUGCCCUUUCAGUGCUCCCCCGCCGCUCAUCAGGUGGACUUGACGUGGGGGUGGAGUCCGUCUGCGGCUGGCCACGCUCACAGUGGAGCCCCGCUUUGACGGGACAGCCCGACGUCACUGUCCCAGCCAGCGUCCCUGCUAGCGUCCCUGGUAGCCCCCGACUUCCCCGGAGAAGGAACCGCUCCCUUUCGGGUUCUCACUGUGAUGUGGACAGAAGCAUGCUGCGAGGGUCGUCCCCGUGCCUGGAGCUGGGGCUCGGCGACAGGAGGUCAUCCUUCGGGAAGGCGGGGCUAGGGGCGGGGCUAGGGGCGUGGCUGGGGCCGCUGAUCCUGGGUCAGUGUGAGUCUACAGUGUGUGGUCUGUGUGUAAUGGCAGCAUGUGGCCCCCAGGAGCGCCAGCGCUUGGAGACCAUCCUCAGCCUGUGUUCAGAGCUGGGCCGGGGCGGGUCCACUGUGACUGACUUGCAGAAGAUCAACCGCGAGCUGGAGAAGCUGCAGGUGUCUGAUGAUGAGUCCGUCUUCUCUGAUUCUGCUGCCUUUGAGCCCCGAGCCCGGCGGGGCAGGCCCAGCGGGCAGCGUGACCGCCUGGUGACCACUCCUUCACCGCGCCUUCCGAAUGAGCAGCUGCCUGGGAUUGGGGAGGAGGUGCAGCUGAAACAGGAAGUGACACGUAUUGAAGAGGAGAGGAUCCAGGCACUGAACAAUGUAGAGGAGCUGGAGCAGAAGAUCAAAGACUUGGACAAUCAGAUGGAGGAGUCUGUGCGAGAGGUGGAGCUGGAACGCGCCCUGCUGGAGGGGGAGCAGCAGGCCGAGGCUGAACAACUGCAGCGUGACAAGGAGCUCUUGGAGCAGCUCAACCAGAAACUGCACCACGUGGGGAGCGGCGGACAGACCCGCAUCGCUACGGAGAGGGCCCAGCUCGAUGCACAGAGGGCAAAGGUCGCCAAGCUGGCAGAGCUUCUCUCAGAGCAGAAGACCCAGCUGGACACCUGUCCUGAGGCCCUCAGAGAGCAGCUCCAGCUGCAGCUGUCCAGGGAUGCAGAGACGCUGGAGAUGGAGAUGAAGAGGUUUGAGGACCUGGAAUUCCAGCAGCUGGAGCGAGAGAGUCGGCAGGAGGAAGAGAAGGAGAACCUGGGCCAGCAGCUGGAGCGAGGGAGCCGGCAGGAGGAGGAGAAGGAGAACUUCAGCCAGCAGCUGCUUAGAGAAAUUGCAGACUAUCAGCGAAGCACAGUGACACGCAAGGAGAAGCUCCUGGCCCUGAAGUUGCAGUGCAGCCAGAUUACCCAGCAAGCUCAGCGAGAGAGAGAGAACUUCAUGAAGGAAAGGGCCAACCUGCUGUCCAUGUUGCAGAGGGAGAAGGAGAAGCUGGAAGCUCUGGAGAGGGAGUAUGCAGGUCUGAUGGGAGGCAGGAGGAUCCCGCUCCACGCCUUUCCCACCAAGGAGGUCCGCCUACUGGAUGAGAGCAAGAGGGCAGGGAAGGAGGCGGGCUCGCAGCUGACUGACAGGUCACCACGUAAAAAGAGCCAAUCACCAGCAUUCAGCAGUGUCACACUGGGUCGAGGAAUGACCUCUAAGACCCACCUUCCCCUGGUCCAAAGCGCCAGCUGUGGCAGUGUCCUCCCCCGCUGCCAGGAGGCCAGACCACUGCCAAAGGGUAGUGCCUUCCACCUGGGGGGCACUGAUGAGAGGCGGGUGAGAGCUGCUUCUCACUCCAUUGUCCAGCUGCAUGCUUCCCUCUGUGGGGAUAACGGCAACGCCAUGGACAGCGUCAGCAUUCAGAGCUCUGACAGCAUGGAGACCAGCAUCUCCGCCUGCUCACCUGACAACAUCUCCAGUGCCAGCACCGCCAACGCUGCCAAACUGGAGGAGAUGGAAAGACUGCUAAGGGAGGCACAGGCUGAGAAGAUCCGGCUUUUGGAGAACCGGGAGCGUGAGAUGGAGGUACGCCGGCAGGCCCUAGAAGAGGAGAGGAGGCGCAGGGAGGAUCUGGAGAAGCGAUUAGAAGAGGAAACCAGCAGGAGGCAGAAGCUGGUUGAGAGGGAAGUGAAGCUGAGGGAGAGACAGAGAGAACAGUCCCGCCCCCUAACCCGCUACCUUCCAGUGAGGAGAGAUGAUUUUGACCUCCGUGGCCACAUCGAGUUGGCUGGCCACCACGUGGACACAUGCUAUCACGUGUCACUGACCGAGAAGACCUGCAGGGGCUUCCUGGUCAAGAUGGGCGGUAAGAUCAAGACAUGGAAGAAGCGAUGGUUUGUCUUCGAUCGCAACCGGCGAACGCUGUCCUACUUUGCUGAUAAGCAUGAGGUCCAGCUGAAGGGAGUCAUAUACUUCCAGGCCAUUGAGGAAGUCUAUUAUGAUCACUUAAAGAAUGCACACAAGAGCCCCAACGCCUCGCUGACGUUCAGCGUGAAGACCCACGACCGCGUGUAUUACAUGGUGGCACCAUCGCCGGAAGCCAUGCGCAUCUGGAUGGACGUGAUCAUCACGGGUGCUGAGGGUUACGCCCACUUCAUGGUCUAAACGCAUGGUCCAGAAAAUCCCUAGUGCCUUAUGCCCAUUCCGGACCAUUUCUCCUGCCCCCCCCCUCCCCCUUUUGGACUGUGUGUGGUACCUACCCCCAAGCUGCCACACCCCCCAGCCUUAAAACAUGGUACUGCAAUAACAGACAGAGCUUAAAGGUCAUUUCAGGGGUGAGACAAAUUCCAUGACCUUCCAGCUUCUCAGGACACAUAGUGUCUAACAAUGUUGAAGCUCUAUGCUGUUCGCCGUCUUUAUGGUGCCAAAGAAUCUGUAUUUCAAUUCUAUUUUUAUAUCAUGUGACUUUUCCUUAUGUGCGUGUGUGUUUACCCUUGACUGAAAUGAUGCACUUGGACCUAUUGAUAGCUCAGAGUAGCUGUUCAGUGGAGUAUUUCUACUGUUUAGUCAUUAGGGGGCAGUCUGUUACCACUCACUACCCCAGGAUGUUUCCAGAAUCGGGCUGUCCGGUCUACCCCCCCACCGCUACCCUGGCAUCUAAACUGACCCCUGCUCUGUUUCUGAGCCACCAUUUAUAUUUCCAGUUCCUGUUCACUGUCAGAACGCUCUCAGUGGCACAGUGUGUUACUUUUCUGUUCGGUGGGUGUCGUGCCCCACUACCCCCACUCCGGACGGUACUACAAAGCAAGGGGAGAUGAUGAUGUUAUUGAUAAUGGUGAAGAGUGCCUUUGUUAUCACUGGCUUGAGGAUGAGAGAUCCGGUUCCCCCGGCCCACAAUACUCCUCCUUAGCUUAGUAUUUUAAUUAAUAUUUUAAUCUGUUGUAUUUUUUAUUAUACAUCUUGCAUGUUUCUUUAUUUUUGUAUCCAGAAAUAAACCCCUAAGCUGAGA